AUGUCGGCAACGACCAUACGAGCACCUCUACAGCUACCGCUUCCCUUUAUGAAAUCGUACUUAAAUUAUCACCGACUUCCUGUUAAUCCCCUUAUCUGCCCUCCAUCUGCUCUGCUAUUCGCUUCCCAAUCCUCGAAUGACCGUUGGAUUUCCGGUUUUGUUCCGUCUACUUGGAUUUUUUCUUUUGGUCAACAAAUCGUCCUUUUUUGGGAAUUGAUUGAAUCGGAUUUAGAAAGGCUGCUGAAAGUGGAUUUACAAAGUUCACAAACACUUCCUAAGCCUGUAGCUGAUCCCAAGAAGCUGCCAAAAUGGAAUUAUGAUGGAUGGAACACUGGUCAAGCUCCUGGUGAGGACGGCAAUGUCAUAUUCUGA